AUGGAGGCUUCAUCAUCCGACUACAGCGACGAAGAGGUGGGAGUGCUUGCGCGCGGGCAGAAACUUUGGGUACGCGGCGUGCGAGCGCAUACGACGUGCGCUGACAUUGUACGCGCACUGCAAGGUGCGCCUGAAGUAGGCGGCCUAAGCGAGCACGGCGAAUGGGUGCUGGCGGAGCGAUGGCGCGGUGUAGAGAGACCCUUACCUCCAGAUGCGCCUGUGUUGCAUGUGUUGGCGGCGUGGGGAGAUGCCAGACACGAGGUCCGUCUCUCCCUCCGACGAGUAUCAAGCGGAGAAGAAGAUUCCGGGCGAGACAGCGAUGCUGGGAGCCGCGGGGGGAGGCAGCGACGCCGGAGGGGUGCAAGAGCCGCCAGCCCGCCCCCGCACAGACGGGACGACCCUGCUACUAAACUUGUCUCUGUUAUACAACACCAGAGUCGGACAAUACAUCAGCAACUUGACAAGUUAAGGGAACAAGAGAAACUAAUAGACCAAUUAGAAGACCAAACACACAAGAGCAGAAUGGAGAAACACGGUACCAACUACUUAUUAGAAUGCUACCUUCGCGAUUUGGGUAGAAAUUGUGACGUGAACGACAGCCAAGCCGGGAACAGCGACAGUGGCGUUGGUGUCGGCAGCGGGACUCCCCCAAGACGACACACGAAACACAAAUCAAGAAGAGAAAGACACCUCAUGAGAGAACAUUAUUUUACAAAAGAACUGACUGACAUUUGUCAAGUGAACGCCGAAAGAUUGAAACAAACUCACAACGAUACAGACUCAGAAAAUUCAACAGAUGAACUCAGUAAAAUAAGAGAGGAAGUCGAGUUAUUAGAAAAGUUAGCUAUUAUAAACAAAAGAUUGCAUAGAGAAGAAGAAUUAGUAGUGAGAUUGACGGCAAAAGUAAAAAGGUACAUGGACGAAAACAAAGCAAAUAGUUGCGAGAACGUAUCGCAGGUAAAAAUGUUAAUAGAUAAAAUUGAAGAAGAACUAUCUACUAGUACAAAAGAAAUGCAUACUAACGCUGUAGAAUUGGCCAAAACGGAACAUGACAUUGAAGAUCGAAUGAAGCUAUUGGAUGAAUUGACUUUAGAAUUAGAAGAAGAAGAACUACAGAACGCAGUACUAGAAAAACAGUUAAACGAAGCAUCGUGUCGUCAACCAAUCGUUUUGCAAGAUACUUACGUACCUGUUUUAGAUCAAGCGAGUGAGCCAAUCAGUUAUGGCCCCGGUUACGUGUUAGAUACUCUAGUAUGACAAUAAGUUUGUUUGUAUACGUCCCAAAGAUGUACCUUUGAAAUUACCAUUUUUGUUAAUGUUUUCUUUUAAACUCCACGUUGAUAGUAUUUCAGAUUAUAAUCAUAGUAUAAUGAAACAAGUAGGGUAACUCCAUACAAAGUAGCAGCGCGGGUUGCAUGUGUGCACGCCCUUCUCGCGCCGUAUACGAACACACACAUUCGCAUAAUCUCGCGGUGCAUUCGAGUAUGAGGUAGCCGUAUUAGAAAAUAGCGCCGUUUUGCAAACCGGUUGGCCGUAAUGUAAUACGGUGCUUUAUAAAAUACGGCUGCGAGACUUGUACAAUAGUGGUGAAUACUCAAAUUUUUUCAAUUUAUAUUUUGCAAUGUGUAGGUUUUUUUUAUGAUAGUAAGUGCAGUUGUUGCAGUGCCACUCAGAGCUGUAAAUCGCAAAGAUUUGAGGGGCACUGCCCCUUCGCCCGUCACCUUUAGACAUAAGUUGACAAGCCUCAUGUGCCUGUAAUUUCACCAGCACCGUUGAACCUUCAAAGGCAGAAUCCAGUAAUGUUCACAUUACUACUUGGCCGCGGAAAUGGACAAAGUGGCAGUACUCUUAAAUUAUAUAGGUACAACAACAAUAAUAAAAUUGACGUUUCGUCCACCAGGAUCCCCUAGCUCAAUCCCCCAUGGGAUCCAUAACGUUAAGCCCUAUUCACACUAUGGUACCUUAUAACAACACAAGCUAACAAAAAAAAUAAACAAUAUAUUCUUAUCUAUAUUAUUAAAGGGAAAUAAUAAAGGUGAAAAACGAGUGAAAAAAAGCCGAAAAACAAAUGAAAUUGCAGCGAACUAUAGCUAGUUGUAAUACUAAGUUGCGUUAAAUUGAUACUAUCGUUUACUUAACUAUAUCCAAAAAUUGUCCUACAGUUAUACCAUUAUUCAAUAAUUCCAGCAGCACUUCUUGAAUGAAUUUAUCAUUUGCAAUUUCAUUUUUUUGCCUCUUUUCUUGAGUUGUCGUAGCUUUUGUUCAGAAACUCUUUUCAGUGCAUUUAACAAUAUGUAAGAUGUUUGGGCGUUUACGGCCAAUCAUUUCAAUUAAACCUGAGUUCCAGCUUUCGCUAGAAUUGUUAGUACGAUGACUGUCACUGAACACCGACCACAUUUUUCUAACGUCGUCGUUUUUGAGCCAAUAUUUCAUAUAGUUUCCUAACUUCAAUAUGUCAUUGCAACUUUACAUAUAUUUAACUUGGGGAUUCUAAUGAACUACGGAGUUCACAAUGAUCCUCUGAGGGAUUGGGCUAGGGGAUCCUGGUGGACUCAACGAAAAUUUACAACCCUACGUUUCGAGUGACGUGUAGGCAUUGACGCCCCUAACAGGCGGGUGUUGGACUACUUGUUUUAUUAUUAUACGAUGUUGUUAUGCAAUUGCACAAAUGCCCAUUAACUUUAAUGUUUCAUACUGUAACAAGCUGUCUUAAAUUUAGCUUUGAUAAAGGACAGUAUUAUUGUUAAUGACGCAAUCAAUUUAAUGAACGUUUACGCAACUUAAUUGUUAAUCAUUAGAGGUUGACGGGUUUAUAUAUAACCGUCACCAUCUUGCGGAAUUUCAAUGAACUAAUUCAUCAAUUUCGAGUUCAAAAGUAACUUGUGGACCACAUAUUAUACUUACCUACUUGAUUAUCAAUUGAUCCUUACCGAUGAAUAAUUGGUAACUAACUUGCAACAGGCAAGCGACUUGCCUAACUUAAACACGUAAUCAAAAGUAUUAUAGUUUGUGGUUUUUUGUAUAUGAAAUAGUGCAAUAAAAUAUUUCGGUGCAAUAAUAAAUUAAUUAUAACUAAAUUGAAUUUUAGGGCUAUAUGUUAUUCUUAUAUUCUUUGUAAUGGUUCCGUGCCAAAAUAAAAUCGAUAACAAUGUCUGAAGAGAACUGUCGACUACAAUUGUUUUUUAUACAUAUUUCUGAAAUAUAUAUCAUAUUGGAGAGAAGUGAUUGUAAUCCAAAAUUAUGUGAACGUGUUAUAUACUCUUCCAAAAACAGUUAAAUAUAUCGUAUAGAUUAUUAAAUAUGACUUAGCGUUAAGUUAAGAAAUAUAUUGCACAUUUUUAGCUCUAACAGUGUCACAAGUAAAAAAUCAUCAUCAGAGUCUUUCCUGCUUUUGGGUAACAAAUUGGAAUAGGAAAAAGGCUAA